UGUUGUUAUGGUGAGGCAAGAUGGCGAGAGAGUAUUCCUGAUGUGCAUGGAAAGGAAUUGAGCAUUAGAAGAACAUUCUUCACUCCGAGAUCCAGCUUCAAACACUUCCUCCUGCUGAUUGUGUAGUUUCUACAUGGAAUUAGGUUUGGCUAUUUGAAACACAGAUGAUAUGACCACAACUGGUCAUGCUGAAUUGACAGUCUCAUUAAGAAGAGUCUAAUUUUAAUCGUUUGUUACAAUUCUGAAACUUCAAUUAGCUAAAAGAGAGGCUUUGGUUAAUAAAGAUAUUGUAUGUGGUCUUUCCUUAAAUUUUUCAAAAGCUAUCUUUGACCCCUCUGGAAGUUCUCCUAGACCUCAACAGCUGGUACUAUGCAGCAUACUUUGUGGCAGAAAUUCUUCUUUUCAUAUAUAAAAGCCUGCUCUUGCCUUACAACCCUGCAAACCUGGUUUUGGAUCUAGUGAUGCUGUUUUUGUAUCUUGGGGUUGAAGUAAUAAGGAUAUUUUUUGGUUCCAAGGGUAAUCUGUCCCAACGUAAGGUGCCUCUCACUAUUAGUCUGGUGCUUCUUGGGCCAUCUACAAUUAUGGCAAUUUAUUAUAUGCUACUUCAGACCUAUGUUCUAAGGCUGGAAGUCACCAUCAAUGCAAUAUUACUGGUGUUUUACAUCUUUGAAUUGGUUCUGUACUGCGUGGGCUUAAUGAGCUUCUCAAGUGCAAUCAUUGCCGAUUGAAAAUUUGAAGGGAACAUUCUUUUGGAUGAUGAACAUCUAUGCCAGUCUACACAUAUUUGUAAUACAUUUUAUAAUAUUUUUAUAAGUAGAUUUCUUAAGGAUAAUGUUUUCGAUGUGCGAUAGUUAUAUUUUUAAUAAUGUAUUUUUACAAAAAUUUGUGUAAAUAUCUUGCUUUUUAUUUUGGUUCUCUUAUCUCAAUAGUAGUGUCACACCAUGGGUUUUGGUGAGGGUCGCUUGCCCUUAUGAAGGUGUGGAUUUUAAAAAUCAGACGCAGGUCACAAAAGCACAUGCAGUGUAGAUGUGUUUAUGGUGUGCCAGAGGUGAAAAACUUACAGGAAAAAGUGCAAAAAUAUUUACAGUGCAAAAAAUGGCAAGAUGACAAAAAAAGAAGAUGCAGAUAUAUAUCAUCGGAUCUUUAGGACUACAGCUCCAAAACAUCAGUCUGAAGUAAUCCACUUCCCUUUGCCCCUCUCCCACCAAAAUGAACUUCUAAGUAAAGAUCUCCCUACUCUACAAGAAAAGGGAUAGUCCAUUCUUUGGAAUGCAGAGUGAGUUGUUAACAUGAGCCUGAACAAUUAUAUGAAAACAAACACAGGAAUUCAUGUUCUUCUUCACAAUUACAGAUGUCCACAUAUACAUUCAUCACAAUAAGAUCACAAUGAUAUUGUGCAACACAAUCUAUCAAUAACUAACCAUUUUCCAGGAGUCAUCUCUUUCCUCAUCCCCCAAAAUGAACUCUUUCACUGAGCCAACACAGAGCAUGUGCCACCACAGACAGGCACUUUUUUUUAAGACACCCCCUAUCAGUUGGGUCCCCUCCUUGAAACUGGAAGCAACGAAAAAACAGGACACGCUAAAGAAUGCCACUGUCCUGGAGUGUGCAAGUACAAAAAAGGUGUCCAUGCUGCACCUUAGCCUAGUGUGUGAACCCAAUAAGCAUAACUUCCGCACUGUCAGACAGGGAUAAUAAGAAUUAUUGGGUGGGGGGGGGGGAGGAAGAAAUUACUAGU